AUGGAGAUGUCUUCGCCGCUCGCAGCCAUGCACCCGCCGCCGUUACCUGGCCCAUGGGGCUACAGACGCGAUCUCCCUCCCUCGAAGCCGUUGUUUGCAUCACAUACCAUGGGACCCAAGAACUUCAACUUCCGGGACUUGAGCAUGAAGAAGUCUGGUGGCGGUGACUACUUUACUAUGCAGCCCAUGAGGGGGUCUUCGCCGACUGCGAGUCUCGCCGCUGAUAUGUCCUCUAACCUGCAUAUGGACCAGAGUCCCCAGCUCGCCACACCUCGCAGGUCUCUAUUCACCUCCAGCCUGUUCCAGCAGCUGGAGAAUCGGGAAGGAACUACGACCCCGCCCGUACGGUGGGAAGGCGUCACGACUCCGCCGAUUCCUUCGUCGUCGCCCUGUUGCGUACCCGACUCAAUGGACAUCUCGCCUCUCCCCCACAAGGCUCCCUUCAGCUUUCUGUCCAACGAGCAUCCCCUGCCCUUGGCUUCUCCCACCCCAGAGACAACACCGUCCACUGACGACGAUAUGCUCUCACCCUGCGAGCUACCCACCCCGUCGCAGUUGCCAUUUGCUGCCCCCGAGAUAGAGGCGCCGCGUCCGACAUCAGCCAAUGAACGUAGAAAGCCCACCUUCCUCCUACGCCCCGGUCUCGCUCGUACCAAGAACUACUCCACCAACACGGUCUCGCUCAAGACACGUAAGGAAGAGGUACCCGCCUUCUUGUUCGGCGCUGGUGUUAACACCUCCACCCUAUCACUGGACGAGUGCUUCACCAUGUCCCCUCCUCCAGAGCGCCGGCCAAUGUCGAACCCUGCGAUGGGUCUCUCGCGCCCUAAGCCCUUUGGUUCCAAUAUCAGGAAACCUUCCGCAGGCCCUGCUCGACGGCCGUCCAAGAUUCGCAGGUCGCUCAGCAUGUUUGAGCACCCGGGGGACAUCAUGAACGCCAAGCAGGAGAACGAGAGUUACACCCCGAGCAGUCUGCAAUCUGUAAUGGAUGUGGAAGACUCGCCCGGCCUGAAGCUUCCUCACACCCUGCAGACCAACGAACCGGACAGCUUGCCUCGUAUCUCUGACUCAACGCUUGUCAGCAUCAUCAACGGCGAGUAUGACCAUCUCUAUCAGGACAAGCACAUCAUCGACUGCCGCUUUGAAUACGAGUAUAAAGGAGGACACAUUGAUGGAGCGAUAAACUAUUGUGAAAAAGAAAAGCUAUCAGAACGACUCUUUGGCUCAGAUGCUCCUUCGGACACAGCUAACACUCUUCUCAUACUACACUGUGAAUAUUCCGCCCACCGUGCACCCCGCAUGGCUCGCUUCCUCCGUGAAGAAGAUCGUAAGAUCAACGCUCACCGCUAUCCUCUACUAUCGUACCCUGAAGUGUACAUCUUGGAUGGUGGCUAUAGCGAAUUUUAUGCUUCACAUCGUGCCCGCUGCUACCCACAGAGUUGGGUCAAGAUGGACGCUGAAGAGCACCAGGCCUCGUGCGAACGGGGUAUGGCCAAGGUUCGACAGCGCUCCAAGCUCAACCGAGCUCAGACCUUUGCCUUCGGUCAGCAAUCAUGCCAGAUGGAAGACUCACCCACCGGUGUCGGCCGUUCAAGAAGCGGCGGUAUCAUGACGCUCGGUGAUGACAUGCUCAACGCUGGACGACUAGGUGCCUCUCGUCGCAUGGCCUCGUACUGA